AUGAUUCCUCAAGACCUCUUCUUCGUCCUGCUUGGACAACUUGGCGGCAUAUUGGUCCUUGCCAAAGCCCUCGACAGCUACAUUCUUGUCAAGACGUUUGGUGCCUCGUUCACAAACCUCUCGGUCACCGCCCGUCGAGCAACUGUCAAGGAUGCUUGGAACGCCAUCGUCAAACCUCUCUCAAUGCUCGCUGGAAUCUACCCGUUUUUGGAUAUCUUCACAAUCGUCCUCGCGUGUAUCUACCUGUACGACCCUCCUUCGAACGAGCCAAUCACUGAGUUUGGCGCAAGCAUCCUGGUCAGUAUCUACGGCUGGUUCCUUUUCUGCGAGUUCGUGGAAAACAUUUCACUGGUCUACUAUCGAGUUUGGCGAGGAGAGACUCGCCUGCUUUCGCGCCUACUCUUCUCAACGUUCGCUAUCGAUACUGCGUGCAAGGUUCUGAAUCAGAUAUUCAGCAUAGUUGCCAUCGUUAGUUAUUGGACCGAAUGGAAGAUCUGGUACAGCACCACGACGGUCGUGACCUGUGCAGUCUUCUUCAUAUCGCAGGCUUACGGUCCCCUGAUCUUCUGGAGACUUUAUCAGAAAGUUGCAAAAGAAGAGAGAGAGAAGCGACAAGGAUCCUCGGUCAUGAAAAUUGACACAAGCCACCGCACCAGGCAGACCACAAAAGUCGAUCGCAAUAACGACCAGUUACAAAAUUACGACGACCCGUUUGCUCUGCUAAUUGCCAAGAGCCAGCACUCUGAAAAUGACGAUGCCGACACAAGUAGCGCUGAUACAGAGUCUCAAGCUAGCACCGUCGGCGAUGCGGAUGAUGGUGACGUCGAACGUGCGUAUCUCUUGGCACUCUGGGUACUCGUCCUUCAAGCAACGACCACACCCGACCCCUUUCAGGGUGGCGCAAAUCACGCCGAUGGCGGAAAGCGCACGGCAUAUGAGGAAAUGGUUAGCUGGGACGACAAUACAUUACGGGUGCUCAUGAAAGAUUUGUGGACUGUUUUGAACGAAGCACGACAAGCAGCUCCUCAGAAGACAUCUUUUACUGAAGUCCAGCGCAUUUUCUCCACUACCUGGAAACGUGCAAUACACUUAAUUAACGCCGCUCGUGCGUACCGUAGGCAACCGCCUGUGGACGAAGCAAGUUUUCCGCCGGGUUUGCGUAGCAGCUUGACUCAGGGCAUCGAUACCAGGCGAAGCAAAAAGCCGACGUCUGCUAGAUAA